UUGCCAGCCGAUUUUACUUACUAUUUAUUGCUGCAAGCAAUGCAAGACCUGGCCGUCGUGAACUGCAAAAUGCAAACUGCAAACUGCAAAAUGCAGAAUGCUACAGUAGGGCUAAAUGCUGGUACUAUAUGGAGUGUUAUGCUGGCGAGUUGCAUUCUUCGCCGAGGCGCAUGGGUUCAUAUCUUCCGCGCAGGCUACGACAGACUUACCUCUGUACAGUAUGGGCCGAACCAUCGCCGCGGGAUGCGAUAGAUGCCGGAAAUCCACAGCCUACAGCAGCACAGCUACGCUACUACUGUACGCACUACGCAGUAAAAUCGAGAGACAGCACGCAGUAGGGCCCGAGGUGGAUUCCGGCGUCGAUAACCUCUUACCCGGUAGCCCUGCAGGCUGCAGGGAACUAGAUGUCUCUGAUCUCUGGAAUCCUGGAUGGUCUUGAAUAAAUGAGUCGAUUCAGUUCGAAUUUUCGACCGCGGCCGUCCUACGCAACCGCUGAGGCGUGUGCGGUGAACACUGAACAUGGAGGAGACGGGACUUG